AUGACCCAACGGCAACGUCAUUUGUGGUCCCCUCGGUCCCUCAGCUCUACUCCUAUCAUAUCGGUACAUGGUCAUGGCUUGGCAGCCACCGAUGUUGACACUGGGUCGUAUGCGCACCGACUAACUUGCGGUCCAGAGCUACAGCGUGAUCUAUAUCGAUACACUCACCCAGGCCUCCUCUUCAAGCACCCCAUGAAAGAUGUCCACCUCGUUCUUAAAGGGAUUCAAGGAGAAUGCGAUGGCAAGGUCUACCUUGAUGCCAAGUACACCCUCAAUGGCAGCAGAGUCCUGGCUGGGAACAAGCGGCCCAGUGGUGGUAGACGCCCCCUCAUGCGGUCGAUCUGCACCAAGCCAGGAUGGGAGGAGGAGUAG